GCCUUAUUGUUUCCUUCGUUUAACCCUAGCUGCCGUUCCUGCGCUGCUUCUUCUCUCUCCCUAUCUAUCUCUCCGCUUCAGUUUCUCCAUCAAGCUGCCUGUCGGAAAAUGGAUGCUGCGGUUGCGGUUGCGGUUCCGGUGGAUGCAGGUCAGGAACUCACCCAGCCUCACCACGAUGUGAAGCUUUUCAACCGCUGGACCUUUGAUGAUGUCCAGGUUAAUGACAUGUCUCUGGGGGAUUACAUUGGAGUUGCACCUUCCAAGCAUGCAACCUAUGUUCCACACACUGCUGGCCGAUACUCUAUGAAGCGUUUCAGGAAAGCUCAAUGCCCAAUUGUUGAGAGACUUACAAACUCCCUCAUGAUGCACGGAAGAAACAAUGGGAAGAAACUAAUGGCUGUGAGGAUUAUCAAGCAUGCAAUGGAAAUCAUCCAUCUACUAACUGAUCUUAAUCCUAUUCAAGUUAUCGUCGACGCUGUUGUCAACAGUGGUCCACGUGAAGACGCUACACGAAUUGGUUCGGCUGGUGUUGUUAGGCGUCAAGCUGUGGAUAUCUCCCCUCUGCGACGUGUGAAUCAAGCAAUAUACCUUCUCACAACCGGUGCUCGUGAAGCUGCCUUUAGAAACAUCAAGACAAUUGCCGAAUGUUUGGCUGAUGAACUCAUCAACGCUGCUAAGGGCUCAUCAAACAGCUACGCUAUCAAGAAAAAGGAUGAGAUUGAGAGAGUUGCGAAGGCCAACCGUUAAUGGAA